CAACUAACCCUCUUACCUAAAAUUAUAAACCUUCAACAAACCCUAACAACUUUUAAUCGAAUUACUCGUCAUCAUUAUUAGAUAUAUGAUCAUCCACUUCCAAGUUCCAACCCUCUGCUCCAUCGAAUUUAUUUCAGUCUGAUCUCCAGGUGAAACUUUUCAAUAAUAAUAUAUAAUAAUGGCGGAGGCGGCGGGAGAGAGCAGCACCGGCGGUUCGAGAUGGUCUCUUUCCGGGACGACCGCCCUUGUCGCCGGCGGCACUCGCGGAGUCGGGCGGGCGAUCGUGGAGGAGCUGGCGGAGCUGGGCGCCAGCGUGUACACGUGCUCUAGGAAGGAGGAGGAGCUGAACCGGAGCUUGAAAGAGUGGGCUUCUAGAGGCCUUAAAGUCUCCGGUUCCGUCUCCGACGCGUCCUCUAGAGACCAGAGGUCGCUCCUCUUCCAAAAGGUUUCCGACGCUUUUCACGGCAAGCUCAACAUUCUUGUAAACACUGUCGGGGCAUUCAUCGGGAAACCUACGACGGAGUGUAGUGAGGAAGAAUGCUCUUAUGUCAUGGCUGCCAACUUAGAGUCUUCUUUCCACUUUUCCCAACUCGCCUACCCUCUUCUCAAGGCUUCCGGCUCUGGAUCCAUCGUCUUCAUUUCCUCUGUUGCUGGCUUGCUGCAUUUGUCUUUUGCUGGAUCCAUUUAUGCUGCUUCCAAAGGGGCUUUGAAUCAACUCACAAAGAAUUUGGCGUGUGAAUGGGCAAAAGAUAACAUCAGGGUCAAUUGUGUGGCUCCUUGGGUGAUCAGAUCCUCUCUUUCUGAACAUGCCCCUGGACUCAAAAAGCUUGCGGAGAAGGUGGCAUCUCGGACGCCCAUGAGGCGACUAGCAGAACCGGGAGAGGUUUCAUCAGUGGUUGCUUUCUUUUGUCUUCCUUCGGCCUCUUAUGUGACCGGUCAGGUAAUUGUCGUUGAUGGUGGUUUCACGGUCAAUGGUUUUGAAUGAAAUAAUCAAUUCAAUGUGCAACCAUCCACUUUAUAAACAAACCUUUUCACCAAUUGGGAUUGUUGUUGUUUGAAUUCGUCUUUGUUUUUUGAAUUCACAAAACCUUAGCUUGGAAUAAAUACUUGCAAAGCGAGUUGAAAUUGUUACCUUUUUCUGCACAAUCUAUUUGAUUUUUUCAUGUGAUAUUUAAAUAAAUUUAUGGUUCGUUU